AAUAAGACGAAGAAGACAGAAUCCGGAAAUUAUGACAAGAUGGCGGAAUGUGAAAACAACCACGACAACAAACAGCCGUCCAGUUUAGAUACCCAGCGUCCUAAUUUAUCCGAGCUGCUAGACCGUGGGUGGAAGAUAUUUGAAGAGGUGGACAGUACCAACCUCCCCCUGGGCUCUAGCAGCAUCCAGGUGGGAGUGAAACGCGGCAUUGGUAUGUUAGAAGAAGCGUCCAGAAUGGUGGCUCAGCUCGACCUGUUCAGUCGUAACGAGGAGUUGGAGGAGGUCGCCACAGCGGAACUGAAGUAUCUACUGUUGCCCGCUCUCCUAGGAGCUCUUACCAUGAAGCAGACCAGCAGAGACAAACGACUCCAAAUAGUCCAGACAGCCCGGGCUUACUUCAUGGACUUCCUAAGGAGAUGUAAAGAGUAUAACAUUUCAAACUUUAAAAUACCAACGUCGCCAGAGGAAGACCCUAGUUGUGUCGAAGCUCCAGAUGAUGGAUCUACUGCGGCCAAGUCUGGCCCCUGCCAAUCAGACCUGGUUGCCAUGGCAGCACAGAGACAAACUAAGAUCGAGCGGUACCGUCAGAAGAAGGACCUGGAAACCAGACUGACACAUGUACGAGGAGCCAUAGAUAGCGGACUGGAUGACGAUGAUGUCAACAGAGAUUUUUACCUUCUGAAUGUCCAGAGAUGGGUGACCGUGUGUCUGGAGGAAAUCGAGAGUAUUGAUCAGGAGGUGGAGAUACUCAACAAGAUGGAUGUUCUAAAGCACAGUGCUGCCAAGCAACCAACUCAGCCGGUCAGGCCUCCCAUGAAACCAUUCAUCCUCACCAAGAAUGCUUUACAGGCUCAGGUUUUCGGGCCUGGCUACCCGAGCCUUCCCACUAUGACAGUAGAUGACUGGUAUGAACAGCACAGGAAACAUGGAGUACUGCCUGAUCAGGCAAUAUCCAAGAGGGAUAACGUGGAUGACGAUGCUAACGCAACGGAGAGGGAAGAAGAAGAAAAAGAGAAAAAAGCUGAACAGGAUGAUGAAGAGUCUCUGCUGAAAGCCAGAAACUGGGAUGAGUGGAGAGAUGGUCAUCGCAGAGGUUAUGGAAAUCGCCACAACAUGGGCUAACUGUUCCUAGCAUUGUGUGUGUCCAUCAUUGUUCAACCCGCUCUUUAGUGUGGAUGUACUGAAAGGUGCCCAGUAAUGAUGCCUGUGUAUAACCCCUCAAAAUGUUACUGGAGAAUAAAGAAUGAUCAAACCAUUCAAAACACCGUCAAAACACCACCAUCUUUUCUUAGACAUUAUAACACAAGUUCUUGGGCCUUAUAUCGUAAUUUUUUUAUUAUUUCAAUUGUUUCAGCAAAGUUUGCUUCUUCACUGAACAAACACAAGUGCUGGUAAAUGAAGUCACCAUCGGUAAUCUUAUUGCAAAAAGAUUAUCAUGUUAGAUUUUGUUCUUUAGUCGGGGAAUGUUGUAAAAUUACUGUAUAUCAUUCUUGAGUUCAUCUGAAAUAACCUUUUACUUAGAUUGACUAAAUGUCCGGUCUUAAUAGCAGACCAUCAAACAACGUUAAAUUAUCUAGAUAAAGUGGCCACUUAUUUGCAUAUUCUUCCAAACAUGAAUUGUGUUAAGAUUAAAAUGUUUCAAUAAUCCUU